UAGCAACGUAAGAGAUGUGAAAAUAGAAGGAAAGGACAUCUAGGAGACUGCUUCCGGGUCCAAAGAGGGGGUGGAAUUUGCCGCGCAGGCGCAAAGGAAGAAGGGCGGCUCUGCUUCGAAGGAGAAUCCUGGACAAUGUUCACUUUUCCUUCGUCGGUUCCGGAAGUUGUGUGGCGCUCUAUCUGUCUAUCUAUUGCCAUGGGACAGACCUCCAGAUCUGUGCUAGGCAGGUGUCACUGAUGGGGGGAAGCCUCUGGGGUGGAUUCAGAAUAGAGCUGGAAGGGAUCUUGGAGGUCAUCUAGUCCAACCCCCUGUUCAAGCAGGAGACCCUAUAGACAAGUGGCUAUCCAGUCUCUUCUUAAAGACCUCUAGUGAUGGAGCAUCCACAACCUCUGGAGGCAAGUCGUUCCACUGGUUAAUUGUUCUCAUUGCUAGGAAGUUUCUCCUUAAUUCCAGGUUGCUUCUCUCCUUGAUUCUCCCAGUUUGCUUUUGAUUUGUCUGCAACGGCAGGUAGGUGUUAUCCCACACCUACGCUCUGAAGGGGUCGAUGGGUUGCAGAUGGUUGCAAACAGUUGUGUAGGGGAUGCGCAUCUUGCACGCGGAUCGGAUAAUCCGACUUCCCAUUGGGAGGCGGGAGGGAGGCGAGGCACAUUCAAACGGCAAAAUGGAGCAGCUGGAGGAGAGACUGGCCCGUGAAGUGAGGAGAUAUCAACCUUUGCACGACGUGACGGAUAGAGACUGCAAGAGCCAGGAGGCGACAGCCCAUUCGUGGAGGGAAAUCGGAAGAACUUUGGAGGAAGAUCCAAACCGAUGCAGUGAAAAGUGGAAGCAACUGCGAGACGAGUUCGUCAGGCUGAAAAAAAGAAUGAAAACAAAGAGCAGGGAUCCAGGGCUGCCGGCCCACUCUAUAAUGCUGUCCUGGCUGGAAGAAUUUGUAAAACACUGGGAAACCCAAGCAGAUGUCAACGAUGCUGCAAUGGAGCCUGAGGAUGUCAGGCCGGAUUCUCUAGAGAAAGACUCCUUGGAUUCCACUUUGAAUAUGGAGGACAUCUCUUUCACAUCACACCACACAUCCAGGCACUCGGGUGUCUUCUCAAUGCACAGGAGCGAUGACGACGAGAGGUCAACCAGUGUGCUCACUGGCUCACCCAUAAAAGCACCAGUCCCCCAGUCAAGAAAGAAGAGGAAGAUGAUGGGAAAGGAUGAGAUACUGGACGCUAUGGUCACUCUACGGUGGGAGCAACUUCAAACUGCAGUGAUGUCACUGUUGAACCACGAUAACAAUCACCGCAAUGAUGAAUACACAACUUUUGCCCUGGCUGUUGCGGACUCUUUGCGGAAACUUCCACCGGAAUGUGUGGAAGCAACAAAAUCCCAGCUCUUCGUUGUGCUUGCUGACGCACAUUCCCAAGUGACAAGAUCCGGCCAACCUGGGGAUGCAGAUCCCACGGAGCUUCUUCAGACAGCUUUGGAACCGGGGAGUUUGUCUAGUGACCGAGGAAUGGCUGCUAGGCCGCUCAGCCAGGGGCUUCUGACCUUUGAAGAUGUGGCUGUGCAUUUUACCGAUGAGGAAUGGAUGCUGUUGGAUGCAGGGCAGCAGGACCUGUACCGGGAGGUCAUGGCGGAAAAUUCUGGGAUGGUGGCCUCUCUGAUCCAGGAGCUUCAGCCAGAAAUAAAUGCCAAGGACCAGAAGGCAGGAGCAGCUGAGCAGAAAGUGGAAGACGGAGAAGGAAAAAGCCACCCCCUUUUCCAGCGCCCCUCUGAAAGCGAGCUAAAGACUUUGCGCAGCGUGGGGCAGAGUCCGGCCACUGGGCCCGAGCAAGAGUGCCGGUAUUCCUUAAAGACGAUGGCGUUUUCUCCUCCCUCCUUGGUCUUUAGAGAAUCCCCAAAACGUUGGGAAACCGGAGCUGAUGAAGAGGACGUGCUGCAGACCCGGAUCAGCUUCAGCGGGGAAAUGUCCCCCAGCUUCGCUGACCCCGUGAAUGUAAACGGGGAGCUUGGACCUGAAGAGGAGAGCGUGAACGGGGAGACCCAAGGCAGACUGGAAGAAAAAGUAAGAAGACCUCUGGCAGACAUCAAUUCCUCCACGCCAGUGCAGGAACCAUCGGGCAGAGUGAAGAUCCUACAUUGGAUGGAGACCACCCAAGAAGGUGACUUCCUGGGAAAGGCCUAUCAGGGGCCAGGUUCAGGAUCAGGAAACGCAAUGCUGGAAUCUAAGGAUGGUUUUCGGCUAGAAAGACCGAAGGAGAUAAACCCCCAUGAGAAAUUAUUGGAAAGAGCCCUGGAGAAACUCAUCCAAGGCCCCAACACUCAGGAGAGUCUCGAAAUUAAACAGGACUUGGGCAGCUUACCGGAGAUAAAGUCUGACUUAGCCUUGUUUUGUGACGAGGCAUCUACAAACGGACCCGCCAAAACCCUCCAAGGAAGAGAGAGCAGUUUUGAUCUCGCUGGAAACCUCCAGCCGAGAGCCGAUCAUUCGGAGAAUCAGAACGUACCAAUGGAAAGUGAACGGACCUAUAAAUGCUCCUAUUGUGGGAAGUGCUUCGAGGAGAGCUUAGAUUUGGUGACCCACGAGAGAGCUCACAUAGGAGAGAAGAUUUACAGGUGCUCCCAGUGCGAGAAACGAUUCUCUCACCGAAUCGAUCUCCUGACCCACAAGAGAAACCACCAAGGGGAGAAGCCCCACCAGUGCGAACGAGACUGCGCCAAGUGCCACAGGCAGAGGACUUGCCCGAGGGCAACCCACCGAGCGCAACCCGGAGAGCAGGCCUGUCAGUGCUCAGUGUGCGGGGAACGUUUCAGCUGGAAAUCCAACCUUAUCCGACACCGGAGAAUCCACACAGGGGAGAAACCCUACCGGUGCGCUGAAUGUGGGAAAAGCUACACCCGUAAGACCGCGCUCGACAGACAUAAAAGGAUCCACGUGGGGGAGAAAGCUUGUGAGAUCGGUGCUCCGAGCAUGGGGCAAGCAUCAGUGUUGGUCCUCCUUGUUUGAAUCACAUGAGGUUGGCGAGAAAUGCAUUGCAUUGUAUCAAACGUAUUCAACGCGGAAGUUCACUUAGCUAAAAUAAAUGGGGAUCAGUAAGUUCACCGUUAAGUGGUGCGAUUGCUAAAUGAGGCUUCCAGUGACCACGUCCAAUUUUAUGACCUUUUUUUGCCAUGGUCAUUCAGUGAAACUCGCAGCUGUUCAGUAAAUCACAUACUUGUUAAGCAAAUCUGGCUGUCCCUUGACAUGGCCUGUUGGAAGCCGGCCAACAGGGAAUGUGGCAAAUCACAAUCACGUGACUGCAGAACGAGACAACCUUUGUAAAUGCAAGCAAGUUGCCAAGCGCCCAAAUCCCAAUCGGGGGGGUGGGGGGGCAGGUGCAACAGUUGUAACUCUGAGGAAGGAUCAUGGGUCACUUACUUUUUUUGAGCGUCGUCGUAACUUCAAACUUUCAUUAAGCAAAUUGUUGUGAGUUGAGGACUAUCUCUAUAGCAAUAGCACUUAUAUUUAUAUACCGCUUCACAGCCCUCUCUGAGCGGUUCACAAUGUUAGCAUAUUGCCCCCAACGAUCUGGGUCCUCGUUUUACUGACCUCAGAAGGAUGGAAGGCUGAGUCAACCUGUGUUGUGCCUCGCUCGCUCCCCCCGCCGCAGCUGGGCCCCUCUUAUCUCCUGCCAGACGCUGAUAGUGCUGAAGAAUGUCCUGGCAUGCCUCCAGCCCUCAGCCCUGGCACCAUGCCCAGACAAACCGAGCAAACAAACCUCCCUCCGAUAGCGUGUGCACCUGAAGCCAGCCACGAGCUGGGAUUACCAACAGUUGGAGACGAAACGAUGCAAAGGAUAGAUCCACGCUUCCGGAGAAUGGAGGCGACGUCACCAAAAGGAAGGGAGGGGCAGGCCUGGAUAAGUGCUGAGUCAUGGAGCCACACCCCAUGGCCUAUAUAAAGGAUCUGCUUUCUGGCAUUCUCUGAGUCAGGCAAAGUCUAAUCUGGAUUGCUGAAGUCACAUCUUGGAUUCCUGCCUGCCCUGAGGACUCUGAUAGGACUUUGGCAGAGCUGCAGAGGCACGCUUGAUACGGACUUCCCCAACCCGGCCGUCAGAGGAGGAGUGGGACACGACAACCUGUCAAGGCUGACUCGGAAUCUAUCGUCGCCUGCAAUCCUGGCAAUUUAACAACAGGAACAGAAGUGACGGGUGGAAUCUUGGAGGGAGUUGUGGGGAGGGCUGAAGGAGCCAAAGCCAGCCAGCUGAAUCUGAGAAAGUUCCUACACUUCAAGGUCCUGUUAUGAGAACUUU